UCAGCACCGGCAUGCAAGGGGCAUUUGUGGAGCGCUGGCACAAGGAGACGUCUUCUUUCCACUUGCCGGUGGGGGAGUUGACGAUCACCUUGCAUGACGUCCAGUGUCUUCUCCACCUGCCUAUUAGGGGGCCGCUGUUGGACCACUCCAGGAUCCAGAGGGUCGAGGCCAUUGAGUGGAUGAUGCACUAUUUGGGCCUGCCGCACGAGGUUGCUCACCUGGAGUGCGUCUCGACUUCUGGGCCUCAUGUCCGGUUCAACACAUUGAGCCUCUAUUUUGAGUUCCACCUGGACGCGGCGGUCGAGGCCGAGCAGGAGGGUAACGACCUAUUCAGGGAGUACCACCGCGGCUGCGCUCUUCGGUGCUGGUACAUGCAUGUGGUAGGCGCUGCAUGCUUUGUGGACAAGAGCGCCAGGUACGUCGACGUGGCCUACCUCCGCUAUUUCAUGGACCUGGAUACCGUUCACCAGUGGAACUGGGGGGCAGCUACUCUGGCAUAUCUCUACCAGAAGCUGAAUGAGGCCUCCAACUGGAGGACGAGGCAGCUGGUCGGAUCCUGCACUCUGCUUACGAGCUGGAUCAUCUCCUACUUCUCCCGCAUCCACGGCUUCCACAUCGAUCCUGCGUACGUUGACGCCAUGCCCAGGGCCGCCAGAUACGCCCUCCAGAGGGGGAACGAUGCGGUGGGACCAUACCGCCUGUACCUGGACCGCACGAUGCACGACGACGUCACCUGGAGGCCGUUCGCCGACUAUGCUCAGGUUGUCCCCUUCGACGGGGUUGCUCUAUAUUCAGGCUGGUUGGCAUGCGGGACCGGCAUCAUGGUCCGGUAUCUCCCGGAGCGGUGCAUGCGGCAGUUUGGGUUCGUGCAGAUCAUACCCAGGUCACCCUUCGAGGCUGCUCCUGACACAGUGACCAGAGUGCAGCUCACUGCCAUAUGGGAGGAGUGGCAGCAUCAUGUGGUACCGGAGGAGUACCGUCGCAUGCGGGUCACCCAGGACUGGCACAGUGUGGAGGGGUACGUCACAUGGUUCUACCGGGUGUCCCAUCCUCUCUUGAGACCCGACGUUCCCGGCGCUCCUAGGCCAGCACACGAGGAGAUCCUGGAGAACCGGCAGGCGGAGGAUGACCACGCCAUUGAUCUCCUUCCGAUCUGCCAGCGGAUAGAGAUGCUUGGGCUGGACGCGUUGCAUCGAGAUUCGAUUCGAGUUUAUAAAAUUGAUCCAGACUAA